AUAAAUAUUUAACGUUGUCUUUCAGAGUAAACGACAAUUGUGUAAAAAUAUAAAAAUGAGACAUGCUAAGUUUAUUGAGAGGAGCUUGUAAGUCAUGUCAGACACUGCAAUCCAGAACAACUCCAAUUAAAGGAUGGCGUUCACAUUAUAAAGUGUACAAUUUUCGAUGCAUUGCCUCAUCCUCUGAUGUGUUCAAUAAACCUGUUGCUGUCAAGAAACAAUGUGGCGAGAUUUACGAUUCUGUCGUUCAAGAUGGAAAUGUGUGGGCAAAUAUUCAACAUGAUAUAGUUGAUGCAGAGACUUUUGAAUUUCUCAAAGAACGGUAUAAUGAACGUAUACAAGAGAUAAAUAGCCAAAAAUUAGAGGAAGUAAACAAAAUUACAAGUAAAAGUAAAGCUAAGAAAAAAGCCCAUAAAACAAAACCUACAACAUCAAAGUUUGUACGAGGGAGUCAACUGACCUACAAAGGCGAACAAAGUGUUUUGGCAGAAAUUGACAUAUACUUGUAUUUGGGUGAUCUACAAAGCGCUGUGAAUUUAUUUAAUUACCAUCGCAGACAUGGUCACAAAUUUAACAUAGAAGGCUACAAUAAAAUGAUCCAUGCUUGGGCCAGCCAUAAAAGUUGGAAAAAUAUUCAGUUACUCUUACGUAACAUGAAGCGAGAGGAACUGGAGCCAAAUUAUCAAACUUAUGCUGGUUUGCUGGAAGCCUGUGGCAAUCUUGACGAUGUUGUGAGAACAGAAAGUGUUAUAAGUGAGAUGGAAGAUCAGGGGAUUGAUGUGCGUCAGGUGUUACUUAAAUCAAGUCUGACCAAACAGCAAGUGUCGGCAAUAGUCUAUGCAUUGGGUAAAAUAUAUCCAAAUUAUUUAAACCAAGCUAAAACAUCACACACAUCUGUUUGUAAAUCAACCAUAUAUCACUUGAGAAAUAACGAUGCUGCUAAAAUUAUCAAGUCACAAAUUGAUUUGGAAUUAAAAGGAUCAUUAGAAAUUCCAUCUAUUGAUGUCACUAAAGUUCAUAGCAGUUUGGCUGUUAAACGCUCUCGUUUGUAUCAAACGAUAAUUGAUCAGUGGAGAAAGGAUUUCAUUACAGAACUCGUUCAAGUCCGAAAGUUUAAGAACAACCGAGCUUUCAUGUACAACAGGUGUGUUACCUUUGCAAGCGUUCUUACACCUGAUGAACUGGCAGAUAUUCUAUUUGAUAAUAUUGUUCCAUUGAUAUGCAGUCAGCCUCAGGGAAUUCCAGUUAAUUUCAUUUGUAGAAGGCUUGGGCGAAUGAUGUAUUCAAGGUUCUGUGCAAAGUUUAAAAACGACAAUGGUGUUGUUGAAAAGGUACAGGGAAUAUGUGAAGAAUAUACAUCAGCUACUGAAUGGAUUGAUGGAUCUCUUGAACCGCGUAAAAAGUGGAAUGAAAUUAACAGUAUGCUACCCUAUUUGGCAUCAGAGGAUAUUGCACCAACUUUAUGGCCUACAAAGAUCAAGGCAAUGGCAUCAAGUGUUGUACUCGACAUAUUAAAAAAAGUAGCGACUAUUGACACAAGUAUUUUUUUGAAGUCCAAGAGAGGUAAAAUCGAACCAUCAUUGAGUCAUCACCACGAAUUUAUUGGACAUCAUCAAAUUGGGAUAUUGAAAUUUCACCCUACUGUUGGACGUCUUUAUAGUAGUUAUUUGUCUCAAUUAGGAAACAUUUCCUUUGAGGUAAAUAAAUUACCAAUUUGUAUACCGCCACGACCUUGGACAUCAUCCAAUAGUGGAGCUUACCUUCUGCUGCAUAGUGAUCUAGUUCGUACGGUAACAGGCGAAUACAAACUUAACGAAUUGUCGAAAGCAUCGAAAAAUGGCGAUAUCGACAGAAUAUUCGAUUGUUUAAACUAUCUUGGAAACUGUGCGUGGAAGGUUAACGAGAGAAUUCUUGAUAUUAUGAUCGACCUAUUUAAUGGUGAUGGAGAUAUGAAGCUGGAUAUUAUUGGUCCAAAGUUGCCGUAUGUGGAGCAGUGGAAGUCAAAGAGAGCAAUGACUCUGGAAGAAAGAAAAUCUCGCCAGCGCCGCAAGAAGUUGUACCACGAGUUGUUCGCACUUCGGAUGGAUCAGCUCUACAAGUUAUCUGUUUCCAAUUAUUUUCGUCACUCAGUGUUUUGGAUACCAAACAACUUGGAUUUCAGAGGGCGGAUCUAUCCUAUUGCUCCGCACUGCUCUCACAUCGGUAGUGAUGUAUCACGUGGUUUGUUAUUGUUCGCUGACGGGAAACCUCUUGGUAAGAAAGGCUUGAAUUGGUUGAAAGUGCAUCUUGUUAAUGUGCAUGGUCAACUGAAGAAAUCGUCACUUCAAGAACGAAUCGAGUUUGUUGACAGACAUAUCGAUGACGUCAUGGACUCAGCUGAUAACCCGCUCACCGGUCGGAAAUGGUGGCAGGAUGGUAGCGAUCCAUGGCAGACGUUAGUUGCUUGUAUGGAAUUAACAGAUGCAAUACGGUCAGGUGACCCUGAGAAUUUUGUCUCGCAUAUACCUGUGCACCAAGACGGCUCAUGUAAUGGAUUGCAACAUUAUGCUGGACUUGGGCGUGACGAAUAUGGCGCUAAACAGGUGAAUUUAAUGCCAUCAGAUAGACCUCAAGAUGUAUAUAUGGAAGUUGCCAACUUGGUUGAAAAGACUCGAAAUGAAGAUGCAGCAGAAGGGUUGGCCAUCGCACAGCUACUGGAAGGUAAAGUUACACGUAAAGUUGUCAAGCAAACUGUAAUGACGGUUGUCUAUGGUGUAACCUUUGUUGGGGGUAGAUUGCAAAUCGAGAAACAGUUGAAAGAAUUGGGUGUCGGCAGCGAUAUUAUUUUUAAAGCUUCUGUUUAUGUCGUUCAAGAAGUGUUUAAAAGUUUGACAGAAAUGUUUACGUCUGCAAGGUUAAUACAGGAUUGGUUGACAAUAUCAGCUGCGCAAAUCGCGUUAACUGGCAAUUGCGUCGAUUGGGUUACACCUCUUGGACUCCCUGUGAUCCAACCUUACCACAGGGAAACCACGGAGAGUAUUUCUACUCCACUGCAAACUGUCUCGUCUUCGCAUUAUUUUGACUAUACACAAAUACCGAACUUAACAAAACAGAAAGGAGGUUUUCCUCCAAACUUUAUACAUUCACUGGAUUCGUCUCAUUUGAUGCUCACAGCACUUCGUUGCCAGGAACACCAAAUGACGUUUGCUUCUGUACACGAUAGUUUUUGGUCACAUGCUUGUGAUGUCGAUCUCAUGAAUAAAUUCUGUCGAGAAGAAUUCGUAGCUUUACACCAGCUGCCUAUUCUGGAUGAUUUGAAACAACAUUUUGAUAAAAAAUUCGCUGGCAAGCCACUUCGUAAACCUCUGAAGGACGGAACGAAAGCAGCCAACUUUAACGCAUUACCCGAACAAGGUUCCUUUGAUAUCAAGAAAGUUUUGGAUUCAGUUUAUUUUUUUAGUUGACGAAAGCUGUAUAAAUACUGUUUUUUUAAAGUUUUUUUUGCAAAAUACACUCGUACAAACUAUUUUUAA